AUGUUUGCUCGAACUCGUGCCGUCUGUCAACUCGCAACACGCCCAUUCAACAUGGCUGCAACACGCUCAAUUGCAAUGUCAGCACCAUGCAACAACUCCAACUCCAACACUGAAGUCAAGCAUGUCGAACGAGAAAUCGAACAACAGACUCUCGCUUUGCUUCAGGAUUAUGUUACCAAGGAACGAAUGAAGUUCUCGAGCGAACAAGCACGAUUCUAUCAAAAGAUUCAUCGAGUGGGUGAUUUAUAUCAUCCUGAGGAUUUGAAUGAUGCACGUUACCAGGAACAAAUUCGACAACGCCGUGGUCGACCUGCCAAGCCUGAUCAAGAUCCUUUUGAAGUACUCGACAUUGAUCCUCUUCACGAAUACAAGAACGUCCGAUUGCUCUCGCUUUUCGUUUCAGACAUGGGCAAAAUCUUGCCUCGGGACCAAACUGGUGUCAGUGCCAAGAACCAACGUAAGCUUGCAAAGGCUAUCAAGCGUGCACGAGCUAUGGGUUUGAUGUCAUGCACGUCCAAGGAGGAUGAGAGGAUCUUGUAG